AUGAAAAGCCUCUGGCUAGUGGAGGCCAACGCGCCACCACUGAAAAAAGGUGGGCGUUACGUUACGCCUUCCAAGGUGAAACGGCCUUGGUUGUCAAAUAGUGACAACCAAGUGCGCGAGCACUGUCUGCGCCCUCUACCACACGGGCUGCCCUUGGUUACUGAGAGGGGGUUCGAGUGGGCACGCAGGGUGCGGGAAAGGGGGCAAAAUGUGGAUUUCUUCGUGACGAAGAUAUCUGCGCAGCUGUACAAUACAGCGGACAGGGAUCAUUUUAACAUUGACUGGACUGGCCAACCAUGUAGUUCCCGCCACUCCCCGCCGUCGCGAUGGGGGGACACCACCUUGCGUGCGCUGUGCGCGCGGUACUGUGGAAAGAGCGAAGGAGAUCAGGGGGCAACCACAGCAUGUGAUUCGGGCAACAUGUCUGGCGGGGCUGCUGGCGUUGCGGCCUGUGCUAGGUGGACUUAUGCCACCGAGAUCUUCAUUCGACGCCUUAAGACCGAAGAUCAGACAGAGAGGUUGUUGCGGUCUAUCAAUCGCAACAUUUUUCGGCUGCUUAAUGUGCAGCGGGUUGGGGCCGGUAUGGUGGAGUUAGAGGAUGAUGAUGAGGAGAUUUGGGAAGGUUACGAUGAAUAG